AUGGUAUUUUCCAAGGAGAUAAAAAUCGCCACGAUUCUACCAGCAAACGAUUCCAGGUUAUUCUCUAUCAGGAAUGUGGCGCCUGCCAUGGAGAUAGCCAUGGCAUUGGUGUCCAAAUCCCAUAGACUUUUGGACGGGUAUACGUUUAGCGUCAAAUACGAAGACUCCGAUUGCGAUAUUGCCGAGGGCAUCAAUAAAGCUAUUAAAUUCUACAUGCAAAAAGAAGUGAAUGCCUUCUUCGGGCCAGUCUGCGACUACGCCCUCGCUCCGGUAUCGCGACAGGCAAUUUUUUGGAAUAUCCCAGUUAUUUCGGCCGGAGGAAUGGCCAUGGACUUCACAACGUCAAAGCUGACGGAGUACCGUUCCUUGACGAGGGUGGGGAUGUUUAAUUUCGUGUCUCUCUGCCGAUUCUUCAUGAGUGUCAUGAAUCACUUCAAGUGGAAAACGUUUAAGAUUAUUUACGACAAACCUGGCCAAGACAGCAUCGUGACUGGUUUUUGUCAUUUGACCACUGCGUCAAUUCAUUAUUGCAUGCUAGCAGAGGCACCUGAGAUACAACAGUCGUUUUACCGCCUCGAUCAAGCUAACAGCAUCCACGAAAUGCUAAUAAAUCAAGUGGGAGUCUCAUCGGCGGGUGAGUAG